UGGAAAUGUAAACAUAACCUAUAUCAUUUGGUUUACAUGGUUAACUGAAUCAUUUUCUAAAGUAUUUGGGAAAAAUGAACAUUCGAAUAAAUAUUUUUCCAAAAUGUAUAAGAGAUGCUUUUGUUACUGGUUUUUUAUUUGUUAUAAUGCCAGUGGUUUACUACUUUGAAAUGUUUGUGGUUUUACCUAAAUAUUAUAAACAGUGGAGUGCUUGGUACAAUUUUCAUUUUGUUAUUGGGACUACUAUUUUGUUUAAUAUAUGUUCAAAUUUGAUUGCAAUAAUAAUGUGUGAUACUAGCAUAAAAGGACGAGUUUUACCAACCGACUUGAAACCAGAUUGGAGGUUCUGUUCUGUAUGUGAAUCUGUAGCUCCUCCAAGAUCAUGGCAUUGUGAAGUAUGUAAAGUCUGUAUUCUUAAGCGAGAUCACCAUUGCAUGUUUACUAGUUGCUGUAUAGGUUUUGAAAACCAUCGCUACUUUUUGAUAUUUGUAUUUUAUAUGCUGAUAGCAACUUUAUAUGCAUCUUAUUACAAUAUGAAAUUUAUAAAAAAUUUUGUAACAUUUGAUUUUUCUUGGACGUCCAUAUUUAAGAUAGUUUUUCCACUGGCCACGUUAUUUAUGGAAUGGACCCAAAAUCAAUUAUUCAUUUUUCUGAUUUUAAUAGUUUUUUUUGGGGCUGGUUUCAGUGGCGCAUUAUUAUAUUUUCAUAUAGAUUUAAUGUUGAGAAGUGUUGUAACUUAUGAACGUAACACUGUUAGUAAAUAUGACAAAGGUAAAUUAGAAAAUAUUAAGCUUGUUUUAGGUGAUAAAUGGUAUUUAGUUUGGUUGUCACCUUGGAUAAAAAGUAAAUUGACAUGUGAUGGUAUUAAUUGGGACAAAAUGUUAUCUUUAAAAGAGAAGUAAUAAAGAUUGUAGAUUACAUGAAGACACAUUUAGUUUGUUAGUAACCAUCAUAUUUAGUAAUAGUUCAGUAUUCACCUUAAUAGUUGUUAAUUAUUGUACAAAUUUUGAUGUGUAUUGAAUCAGUAAAUAUUUUAGAUAUUUGUAGUUUUUAUACUUGGAGGUUUCCACAAUUCCAUGAAUCUGUGAAAACAUAUUAAUUACUAUUUGGAGUGCAAAACUAUUGUAGUACAUAUCAAUUUAGGAAAAAAAUGUUCAAAUUUCAUUGUUGGUUUUUAGCUAUUGCUAAAUAUAUAUAACAUGGAGCAGGUCAAUGAAAGAAGCAUUAUAUCUCAAUAGCAAGUGUAAGUGAAGUGCAACUGAUUGAUUCAUGCAACAUCUUGCACCUGCUAUUUUAUUGGUUUGUCACAACUUUAAUUUUUUACAAGUUACAACUCUAGGGACAAAUGUAGUUACUUUAUGAUUAACAACCAAGUUUUAAUCAAUUUAGCUGUUUGUUAAUGUUAAAUUUUUUUUUGUAAAUUUGAACUUGUCAGCUGAUUUAACGUUGUGAUUAUUUUGAAGGGGUAACAGCGCCACGGCAGAAAGCAGGGUUAGGGUUCAUUCAGACUUGUGAAAUGGACGUACGUCACGACUAUUGUGGAAGGGAAGGAGCCAGACAGCACUUUGACGCAUCACUUGUUACAGGAUUGUCUGCCCCACUCAUAUAUGUAAUACUCCUAUAUGGACAGUUGGUAUGGGAUAAAACGUCAUUCUGUUAUGGUGCGGACAAUAUCCAUUUUCACUUUCGCUCCAGACAUUUUAUCUAUACUGCGCAUGCUUCAUGCACAGAACUAACUGAAGCGCUCGGAGGAGUCAGAGAAUGAUACACUAUUUGUGUCACUUAGUCCGAACACCUUCCACUUCUUUUAGGAACUGUCCAUAUAAAAGUAUUACAUAUAUGGGCCCACUAUGUUCACAUGUAGCGGAUUAAAUGCGGAGUGAAAUGUACGUCAAGAAUGUUUAGGUUCAAAAGUUAUUGAUAUAAUUUUUGAAGGAAAAUCAAUCACAUUUGUAAGAAAAAAUUACUGUGAUUCAAUUCGUAAUCAUUAUUUUUAAAACAAAUUAAACAUAUUGGAAAUAAAUGUUUUUAUUGUGAUUGUUUAUUUUUGAAAUUCUAUUUCCGCUAUUAUGUGAACAUAGCGGAUAUAUUACGUUCGACACGCCUGCUGCGUUGAAAGCAAAUUCAGUUAUUACGUGGAAAACAACAAAAUUAGAGAGAACAUGAAGUUGGAAAACUAUUGGAAGGAAAAAAUAUUCAUUUUUAAAAAAUUGUAUUUAUUCACUCAUAAAAAUAUCAAUUUCACCUAAAAACUUUGAUUAUUCAUAUGAUACUUAUAUGAUUUUAUAGUGAGAUUGAGGAUUUAUUUCUAGAUUAGCUCUGGCGGCAAUUGGUACUUUUAUAUAUUAUACAUAUAUGUAAUAAUCCUAUAUGGACAAUUGGUAUGGGAAAAACGUUCCUACGUUACGGUGCAUGCUUGAGAAUGCGCAGAAGCGAGCUAAAAUCUCGGAGGAUAGAGAAAUCAUUCUGUCUUCCUUGCGCAUGGUGCUGAUUGGCUCACUCACUUAUAUUUUUUUAGUAUCUUGGUAUUUUUAUAUCCUGGCUGGCUAAGAAAUAAACUUUUGGUUUCCAAAUUU